CUCUCCAAGGUGCUGCUGCUCCUGCCGCCGGCUCUUGCAAACCGCAUGCCUGCCUCUCUGCCUGGCUCUUCCUCCUGCUUCCACACGUUCUGGCUCCACGCAUCCCUGGGCAGGAAGGGAUCAUGGUCUUUGCGCCAGCAGGGGAGCAAUCUGGAAACAAUCACGAAGAAGCAAGAUUGCAACAUGCCAGCAAACAGAUCGUGCACACUGCCAUUCAGCAGGCUGUCCAGCAGCUCUCCCAAGAGAGCCAACCGAUGGAGAAGUGCACAAAGAGUAGUGUGAAUUUGCAGCUUGAGCAAGGACAAUUAACCAAGAAGCAUGAAAAAAAGUAAACACUCCACUGUUACUUCUCCUGGAUCCUCCACUCUGGAGCACUGCUGCCUUCAUAGUAUCAACUGCAUUGCCAGUGUAGCACUACUAGGGAAAAGCAAACCAAAGUAUAAAUAGCAUAUAGUGAUAAAUGUAUAACGUUGCAAUAGUUCUCAGCUGAGAAAUAGUGUCUUAAGAACAUUAGGUCAUGUAACUUGGUAUGUAUGCAGUGCCUCUCACACAAGUAACAAAAGAAUGCCAUGGCAACUCAAGUAUUUGUCAAGCACA